CACAAUCCUAAAAAGGCUUCUCCACCGCGCCAUUUUUCUUGCGCCAAAAAGUUCACACAAACGGAAAGCAAAUUGCUCUUCGUUCUGGGACAGCAAUUCACCAAAAUCCACCAAACUCAAAUUCACCUACUUAUCAUCAAUGAAUUUUCAUUAUUUCUUUAUCGUUGUUAAUGAUUCUACAUCUUUGUAUUUGUUCCGGUGAAUUGGAAGCAAGGCAAUGGGGGAUUCUCAAUCAGAGUCGCGUGUCUUCAGUGUUCGGAUCGUUUCCAUUGAUUACUAUCUUGCGCCUCCAAUUCCAGGCCUCGACAUUUCCUACAGUAGCUUUCAAGGCGGGAAGGUGAACGAGGUCCCUGUAUUGAGAAUAUAUGGUUCCACCCCAGCUGGUCAGAAAACAUGCGUUCAUGUUCAUGGAGUUUUACCCUAUUUAUAUGUGCCGUGCUCAGAGAUUUUAUUGCCGUUGAACGACAAAGGGGAAGCUUUGGGGAAUAAUGUAUCUCUCGCACUUGAAAAAGCCUUAAAGCUGAAAGGCAAUUCUGGUUCAAAGAGACAGCAUGUGCAUGGUUAUAAUCUUGUUCGAGCAAAGAAGCUUUAUGGUUACCAUUCAUCAGAAGAGUUUUUUAUCAAGAUAUAUUUAUAUUAUCCACAAGAUAUCACCCGUGCUGCAAAUCUUCUGCUGAAUGGUGCUGUUCUCGAGAAGAGUUUACAGCCAUAUGAAUCCCACAUACCAUUUGUCCUGCAGUUCCUUGUUGACUAUAAUUUGUAUGGUAUGGGUCUUCUGCAUCUAGUAAAAUUGAAAUUCCGUCAUCCAGUACCAGAUGCUCCGGGGAAGAAAUUAGAUGAGAUUUUUCGGUACAUGCAUGAGAAUCAUGCAAUGGACAAUCCAAAUUGCAUGCCUUCUGAUCCUCAGGCAGAUACAAGUAAUGAAGCAGCAUCAACUUCACCAGUAUGGAUAUCUUCUAAAAUUCCAGCAGAUUGGAUGUGGAAAUUUCCUACUGCGAUGGAUACCUUAGAUGACAAUGGAAUCAAUUUCUGUAAACGUCAGAGUGUUUGUGAACUUGAGGGAGAUGUUACUGUAGAAGAUAUUCUCAAUCAACAUUCUAAACUGUACACAUCUUUUUCUCAAAACCAUUCGGACGUGAAAAUGGUUCAAUCACUUGUAUCAAUUUGGGAGGAGUAUAGAAGAACUGGCGUGCAGGAGGCACCACUGCCACCUGAUCCUGGAAAACCAUUGGCGAAAGAAGUUUUGGAGACUUUCUCACCUGGUAUGGACUAUGAGAAAAAAUUGACCGAACUAUAUGAGAGACCAAAAAGUCCAUCAGUGUUAACUCCACUUGAAAAAGAUCAAAGGUUGGUGCAGUCCUUGACAUCCUCAGUUAAGGAAGCAAAUAUAACUAGAGUAGGAUGUUCUGAGGGCGAGUUUCUGAAACAUGUUGAGGAGACAGGCAGAACUAAUUCAGACUUGUUUUUCGCUUCUUCAUUUGAAGAUUAUGACAAAAUGCUGACUGAAGGAGAGAAUGUUGUCCCGAGAUUGUCUAUGGAUGAAGUUCAAGCAACUCCGAAGGCUGUCGACGAGGAGGCACUAGGACUCUUGAGAUGGCUAGCUACUUCUCAGGCGGCACAAGAUAUUAAUUCCGAUGAUGAACUUCUUUGCGAGACAAUUUUGGGGCCCUUGUUGCCUGCAGCAAACAUGGAUCAAGUGCUAGAGAGAGCUAGCCAGGAUUAUGGUUCUGAGUCUCAAAAGGAGUGUCAAGACAUUCUUGAUUCAGUUGAAGAUCUAGAUGGAUUUGAGGGGUUUAACAAGACAAAAUGUUGUACCGAUGAUGAGCAUUUUUUCAGGUCUUCUUCUGAAGAAACUAUUCCCCAACUUGAUGGUGCUGCAGAUGAUAUGUUCUCUUCUUCUGGAGGGUCGACUGAGAACACACCUGAUAGAGAUCUUAAUGUUGAGAAUGAAAGAUCUUCCAAACUUGCAAUAUUAUUGCAUGACAUUGAUUCAGGUUCUUGCAGUCGCAAAAAAGAGAAAUCAUUUUGGGGAUCUUUACCUUUUCAUGAGGCUGAGAAAGUGAAUACAGAUUCAAGAUGUGUCAAUUCUUGCAGGCCUGGCAUAUACACAAGUUCGACCAAAGAUUCUGAGUUCGUUAGUUGCUUUUCAGGUGAAGAUGGAGGGCAGGUGGAUGUUACAUUACAAAAUGCAGAUACAAGCACAUAUAACUCCAGGGAAGGCCAUCUCUUCGUAGAACGUUCUGUACGUGAUUUAAUGAGGAGGAAGCGUAACUAUCGAAGUGAGCCACUUGACUGUGGAUAUGGUAAAGCUAACAAUUUUACUGUUGAUAGCAGGCAAAAAAAAGUAGUACUGUCAAGAGACUUGGAUUCUGAAGUGCUGCGGUCCAAUGAGCCCAGCUUGAGAUAUCGGGAUUCUUCUCAUUUGAUGCCAUGUUUAACUAAUCCAAAGGCAAUCGUUAACGUGUUUUAUGAAAAUAAGCCCGGUUAUUCUAAUAGUUCCAUGUAUGGUAAACUGCCGCUUGUAGAUGUGUGUGAUGGCUUAGAACAGGCUAGCUCACCAAAUGUAGGAGAAAUCCCUGGAUCUGAGACAGUUUCAGGUCCUUCACAAGUGUGCUUUGAUCCUUGUCUUUCUGAGGCAGAGACCAUAGGCGUAGGUCCUGUUUCUCUUGAUGGUUGUGAAAUCUUGGCUAGCAAGAAAUCUAAUUCUGGUGCGUGUAAUGCUGAUGCUCAUGACAGCACACCUUCAAUGCAAUGUGCAGACAAGGAUUAUUUCUCUCCAAGUACAAAAAGAAGACUUCUUUUGGGUAAUCAGAAUAGUAAUGAUAGAAAACAAAAAGAUGACGCUGUUUUGCCUGCGCUUAGUCAAUCUAUGCCUAUGGUUACCAAUUUUGAUGGUGAGCAAAUAUUAUCAAUUGGUUUGACUACCUGCAGAAAGCCGCCAAAUGCAGAUUUGAUGCACAAGGAACCCUUUGCUUCAACUUCGUCUACCAUGUCCUGGAAACGUGCUCUUUUGAAGCAAAAAGAUGUUGAAGGGGAAACAGGGAGAGCUUUGGAUGAUCUUUUGCCAUUUUUUCUAGACAGAGAUAAGAAUGAUAUUUUUGAGGAGCAUGGUUACAGUUCUAAAGAAGCUGCCAUGGGUGUUCCUAUUCACUAUCGAAAUGAUGGCUCCUUCAUGUAUAUUUUAACACCUGUAAACUCACCUCCUUCUAAGAACAGUGUUCGUCAGUGGCUAACUAGUGGACAGGGAGCUCUCGGGAUCAACUUAGGAAAAACAUUAGUUGAUGAUCGGAACAAGCCUCUGCCUCAACCUGCUUCUUCAUCUCAUACUAAUAUAGUAAUUCAUGGAGGCCUGCCUAACUCAUCUGCAGAUGAAACAUCUUUUCCUGAAAAUUUAGAACCAGUUAAAAGUGGAGGAGUUACAGUAGAAGUAAGAGCUUGUGCAAGUUUGUCACAAGAUAUAUCUCAAAUUUCUGGCCCAGAUGAGAUAUCAAAAGCUACUCCUCUCAGCCAAAUUGGGUUUCGUGAUCCUGCAAGUGUUGGAGGCAUUCAGCAAUUAACAUUGUUGAGCGUAGAGGUUCAAGCAGAAUGUAGGGGUGAUCUCAGGCCGGAUCCUCAAUUUGAUGCUGUGAAGAUGAUAGCUCUCACUAUUCAGACUGAUAGUGGCCCCGUUUUUGAAGUUGUUUUAAUUUUAUGUACUAAAAUUGAUUCGUCUAAGAGAAACCGCUAUGGGAUAGGCUACAAACUUUUGGUUCAUCAUGAAGAGAAGUGUUUAUUUCAAAGUUUUAUGAAAAUUAUAUAUUUAACUGACCCAGAUAUUUUGAUUGGCUGGGAUAUUCAAGGUAGUUCUCUUGGAUAUUUGGCAGAGAGAGCUUCUCAGCUUGGUAUAAAUCUACUAAAUAAGAUAUCUAGGACACCAGAUGAAGCCAAGAUGUUGGAUGGAGAUUCAAAAACUCACACAGAAAUUCCAGAAAACUUGGUUUCUGAGUUGGUAGAUUUUGAUUCUACUGUAGUAGAAGAUAUGAUAAUUGAGGAUGAAUGGGGUCGAACACAUGCCAGUGGGAUCCAUAUUGGUGGUAGGAUUGUUCUAAAUCUAUGGAGGCUUAUGCGCAAUGAAGUUAAGCUUAAUAUCUACACGCUUGAAGCUGUUGCUGAAGCUGUUUUGAGACGUAAACUACCUUACAUCCAUCAUCGGGUAUUAACACAAUGGUUUAACAGUGGGCCUCGACAAGCAAGAUUUCGGUGCAUUGAAUACAUGAUGGAAAGAGCAAAGUUGAACCUUCAAUUAAUUAGUCAGCUCGAUAUGAUAAAUAGAACUUCAGAACUUGCUCGUGUGUUUGGCAUUGAAUUUUUUUCUGUUCUAUCUCGAGGCUCACAGUAUCGUGUUGAAUCUAUGUUACUAAGAUUGGCUCAUAGUCAAAAUUAUCUGGCAGUUUCCCCCGGGAAUUUGCAGGUCGCAUCUCAACCUGCAAUGGAAUGCCUGCCACUUGUGAUGGAACCUGAGUCUGGCUUUUAUGCUGAUCCGGUGGUUGUUUUAGAUUUCCAGUCUCUUUAUCCAUCCAUGAUAAUUGCUUACAACCUUUGCUUUUGUACAUGCUUGGGAAAAGUAGUGCCUUCAAAGGUCAAUACACUAGGGGUUAUUUCAUAUUCACCAGAACAACAGGUUCUCAACGAACUGAAAGAUCAGAUACUGUUCACUCCUAAUGGUGUAAUGUACGUAACACCGAAGGUUCGUAAAGGUAUAUUGCCUCGUCUUCUGGAGGAGAUAUUAUUGACUAGAAUCAUGGUAAAACAGGAAAUGAAAAAGCUGGCUCCAUCACAGAAAGUUCUUCAGAGGGUAUUUAAUGCUAGACAACUUGCUUUGAAGCUAAUAGCAAACGUAACAUAUGGCUACACAGCGGCUGGUUUUAGUGGUCGUAUGCCUUGUGCUGAGCUUGCAGAUAGUAUUGUUCAGUGUGGUCGCCGUACACUAGAAAGUGCAAUCUCAUUUGUUAAUUCACAGGAGAAAUGGAAGGCUAAAGUUAUUUAUGGGGAUACUGACAGCAUGUUUGUUCUUCUAAAGGGGCGUACAGUCAAACAGGCUUUUGGGAUUGGACAGGAGAUUGCAUCUGCAAUCUCUGCAAUGAAUCCCAAUCCAGUCACACUUAAGAUGGAGAAAGUUUAUUCUCCUUGCUUCCUUCUCACUAAGAAGCGUUAUGUUGGCUACAGUUUUGAAAGCCCUGAACAAAUUGAACCCACCUUUGAUGCUAAAGGCAUUGAGACUGUACGGAGAGAUACUUGUGCAGCUGUGGCAAAGACAAUGGAGCAAUCAUUGAGGCUUUUCUUUGAACAUCAGGAUAUUUCGGAGAUCAAAACAUAUUUGCAGCGUCAAUGGAAGAGGAUUCUUUCUGGAAGGGUUUCAAUUCAAGAUUUUGUCUUUGCAAAGGAGGUACGGCUGGGUACAUAUCGCUCAAGGGGUCCAUCCGCACUUCCACCUGCAGCAAUUGUGGCCACUAAAGCAAUGAGAAUUGAUCCGAGGGCAGAACCACGUUAUGCGGAGAGAAUUCCUUAUGUUGUAAUUUAUAGGGAGCCUGGAGCUCGCCUUGCAGAUAUGGUUGUUGAUCCAAUGGACCUUUUGGCUGUGGAUUCCCCCUACAGAUUGAACAGUCUAUAUUACAUCAACAAACAAAUAAUACCUGCCCUGCAAAGAGCUUUUGGUCUUGUUGGAGCCAACUUAAAUCAGUGGUUUUUGGAGAUGCCUCGUCCUGUCAGGGAGGUUUUUUUUAAACAACCUGUAUCAGCUGCAAAUCCUAACCGAACCCGGAUUGAUUAUUACUACCUAUCCAAGCAUUGUAUACUAUGUGGUGAGUUAGUCCAAACCUCUUCUAAUUUAUGCAACCAGUGUCUACAAAAUGAGGCUGCAUCUACCACUACGAUAAUCAGAAGAACUUCGAAGUUAGAGAGUGAAAUGCAACACCUUGCUGCCAUAUGCCAGCAUUGUGGAGGAGCAGAUGGGAUUGUGGAAUUUGGUGUGAAAUGUACUUCACUCGCAUGUUCAGUUUUCUAUGAGAGGCUUAAAGCUCAAAAAGAAUUGCGUGGUCUUGUUGCUGUUGCUGCACACAAAGAUCUAUACCCAAAAUUGAUUUUAGGAUUUCAUCUCUAACAUAGUCCCCUCUCUUCGACAAUGACUUACUCCCCCUUUUCUCUCCUCUUCCUUAAGCGUCUUCCCUUUUCCUCUAAAACCUCCAAUGCUCCCCUUUCUUCCCCCCUCCUAUCUCAUCUCCUUGCAAUCGGAACAUCCAAGCGAUUUUUCACCUCUCAAAUCUCUUCGACUCCCUCACCACCUUCCUCUGAUCCGAAACCCAAUUCCCUUUCAGCACGGAUGAGCUUUAUCUUCGAUCAAAUCGAUGCCAUUGAAAAAGAGCGCUCUCAGAAGGACCAAACUUUGCAGAGAAUUCGAGCCUGGCGUGAAUCCAAAACUACCCAGAAUCCUCCCCUUGGUGAUAAUGUUAAUAAUUCGGAGCCUGCUUUGGAAGUUGACGAAGGACGUAAGGUGGAAAUUGUGGAAAAGAAGAAGAAUGAAAUUGAAUUGGUGCAUCCUUGGCGAGAGUGGAUUGAGUUGAUGGAAAGGUUAGUUCAGCAGAAUUACUUUGAUCAUAGGAGGAAAAAUGAGGGCAAGAUGGUGGAGAGAAUGGGAUUCAGUGCCUCUGACAUUGCUUUGGAAGAGGAUGUUGGGUUGGAUUUGUCAAAGGAUUUUACGGCAGUUUACACUGCGUGCCUGAAUUUUGGGAAGGACCGGUUCGACAUUAUGAGAUCGUUGUCGAAAAAAGACAUUCAAAUGUUGGUUGGUUUUGGGUGCCCAAGUCCAGACAAGAAGAUUGUUUUCUCUGCAAAACUGUUGAGGAAGCUUGUUCAUCUCGAUGAAGGAGAUGUCUGCAGUUCCUGCAGUUUAAGAAAUUCUUGUGAAAGAGCAUAUUUGGUGACUAAUAAAGAGGACGAGGCACGCACAAUCGAUAUAAUGCGAGUUUUAUUUACUUAUGGUUUUGAUCACAUGAAUGGAACUGUUGUCAAUGAUUCCCUUCUGAAGCGGAAAACUGUUAAAGCAGUAGUUCGCAAAUUGCUUCAUCAGGUUGUCAGGUUGGGUUCAGUCCCAAUAGAUCCUACUCUCACUCCUCCUGUAAUGAAAAAGCCUCCACCAAAAGUGAAAAAGCCUCCUCCUCCUCAAAGGAGGCGAGUAGGACGUGAUGAUGUUGAGAUGAAAAAAGGGGAUUGGCUUUGUCCCAAGUGUGACUUCAUGAACUUUGCAAAAAACUCGGUGUGCUUACAGUGUGAUGCCAAUCGUCCCAAACGACAGCUACUUCCAGGAGAAUGGGAAUGCCCAGAAUGCAACUUUUUAAAUUAUAGGAGAAAUAUGGCAUGUUUCCAUUGUGAAUGCAAGCGACCAGCUGAAACAUUUUUAGAUAAUGAAGAACAAGAAAAACCGCAUGAUCCGUCAAAGUUUGAAAAGAUUGCUAAUAGGCAGGAGGUCUCUAAUGCCUGGAAUUUUGACUUUGAUGAUGAUGAGUCAGAUGGGGCAGAUGUUGCAGCUUUUGAGUAUGCAGAUUCAUCAAUUGCAGCCGAAGGAUCUCGUUCAGAUAUUCAAGCAAGAGGAAGCAGAAUUGGCUGGGAUCUUCCGGAAAGACAGCACUCUGAUGCUGGAAAUAGAGGUCCAGGUGUUGGAUUUGACGACUUUGUCGACGAGGAGGAUGAUAUUGACAGUUAUGAACUAGAUAGCUCAGCGAACAAUUCAGCAAGUCAGCUUCAUUCAGUUAAUUUUUCGGACAUUGAAAGAGACUCGGGGUCAGAAGACGGUAAUGAGGACCAUAGACCUGGCGUCCGAGCUUACAAUAAACGUCCAGCACGUCAACAAGCUCGCUUUUCUGGUUCUGAGGACGAUGAACUUGAUUUUGUCUCUGAUGACGAUACUUCUGUUUGGAAAUCUAGUCAUGUGGCUGGUCCGAGGCAGAAAAGUAGAGACAAGGGCUUGACAGGUCGAUCAAGGAGGGGAUUAAGCUAUGGUUCUGAUGAAGAAUUUGGCCUUGAUUCCGACCUUGAUGAGGAUGUAGAUGAAGGUCCCCGAGCUAGAUCAAGUAAAGGAAAAGAUUUCGACUCAGGUAGGAAGCAAUUUCAAAGGAGAGGAAGUUCUCGAAUGGAAAGGGGCCUAUCUUCAGGAUCAGAUUUUGAUGAUUUUGAUAGAGGUAUGCGUAGACAAGAAUUGAGAGGGAAUCAAAGAGAAAACAAUAGAAGAGAAAGCAACCAGCGAGCUCGUGGGUUUCAAUCUAACAAUUUGAGGAAUGAUAGAAAGAACACAUUUCAAAGAGAAAAUAAUAGAAGGGGAAGCGACCACCCAGCUCGUGGCAAAUUCACAAAAGGGAGCGAGUUUCAAUCCAACAAUUUCAGGAAUGGUAGAAAGAACACGUUUCAUGAUGACUUUGAUGACAAGCCCCACCGGUCUCGUAGUGCUAAUUCAAGAUUUCAUGGGAACAAUCAUGGUGGACGAGGAACUUAUGGCUCAGAAGCUGACAAGCCAGACUUUCGGGGUUCCAAGGAAGGUUACAAAAAACAUCGACCAGAAAGGUAUAAUGAAUACGAUACAGCCACAAAUAAGGAUUCUGGUCACUUUAGAAACAGUAGACGUGUUAUUGAAAGAUAGAGCCUAAACGAAGCUUGAUUCAUAACUUGGGUUCGGGUUUGGGUUCAAUCUUCAGUGACCCUUUGUUAAGAGUUAUAUUCAACAGAUUUCAUAUUCACAUCACUGCUAACCAAAGAUCUCUGGUGCCGUUGCUGUAAAAUCAAUCCUGUUUGAUUAUGUAGUGUUUUACUUAAAUCACACAUAAUCUCUAGAGAGCAAGGCAUUUGAGUUUUUGUAUCAACUUUGGUUAUAUGAUUGGGUUAUUAAUUCCUCACUAUCUUUUUUUUUUAUA